UGGAGGAGUACGCAUGCGCAUCGUAGAGUUGUGCUGGUGAACCAAGCGCGAAAGUGAACGACUAAACCUUGAAUGAUUAUGGCUGUCCAAAUGCUCCCCAUACAUGCGGAAGUUAUGGAGAAGCUGGCUUCUACAGUCACCAUAAUCACCAGCCACAAUGAUGUCAAUGUCUCCCGAAAAAAUGCACUCAUUGCAACGGUGGCUGCUGGAGUUGCAACGAAGUACAUUUCACACGUAAACCUUUUACUUCAAAUGAUGGAACGACAGUGCAAGUUACUUCAGAUGCUAAUUCUACUUCGGAAGCGCCGCCGAGCGUUUAAGAUUCACAGAAGCCCUACCUACUGUUGCCAAAGCGUCAAGAACUUGCUGCUUGAUUACCUACGUGACGAAACGCUAGACUUUGACAGGCAUUUUCGCAUAAGUCGGCGUACCUUCCACAGACUACGGCAGCUGGUGGGUGGCCAGUCGGGAAGUACAGGAUGGACCACCGACAUCGAGCUCCUCAUAUUUCUCCACUGGCUUAGCGCAGGUGCCUCAUACCGAGCAAUUUCCAACACGUUCGGAAUCCCUCGUACAAGCGCCCACAACAUCGUAUAUCGUUACGUGGACGAUCUAGUGAGUAGAAUCCGAGAUGUGAUCCGAGUGCCCCAAACUCAAGAACAUCUGGAAGCCAUCUGCACGGGGUUUGCGUCCUUGUGUCGCACCAGCGGUCCAGUGUCUCGUGUAGCAGGAGUUAUCGACUCCUGCUCAGUGCAGCCCUCAACAGGAGAUGCCACAGUACAGAUGCAAGCCGUCUGUGACCAUGAAGGACGCUUCCUCGACUUCUCUGUUGGAUACCCAUCAUCUUUCAGCCCCGGAGAAGUGUUCCGUGCGAGCCCUUUCUACGAGAAUGCCGCGUACCCACCAACUGAAGGCUGUUUCCUCAUCGGUGGUGAGGGUUACCCGUGCCUUGUGAAGCCAGUACCCAUCAUGGCACCCUUUCCUGAGCCUACCAAGACAGACGUUGAGACAGCGUUUAACACUGUCUGCCGCAGAGCCAUUGCCGUUCUACAUGAGGCCUUCGUUCAGCUCACUGGACGGUGGAAAGCAGUGUUUGAGCGUUGCCUCAAGGUGCUUCCACGGAGGACCGCCAAAGUGGUGGCCGUCUGUGCUCUCAUCCACAACAUUUGUCUAGAAGAAGAUGACGUUUGGAAAGAGGGUCGUGGACUGGAAGUGGUUCUGCCCACUCAAGGUUCCCAGGGAGAUGCAGACACGGGAGUAGCACUGCGAGAGCUACUGGCACAACAGGCAGCCGACGACGCACUGCGUACCUUUAGAGUCAGUCUUGACCAUGAUUACUGGCUGGACAGUUCUUUCGUCGCUGAUCAUGACUAUAUAGUGACAAAUGACAUGUAGAAGCUAUUAAAGCUAUUAUUGCUUCCUUUGCAGAAAAUUUAUUAUCCAGAAUUUUGAGUAUUCCUACUCCAGCAGUGGACACAAUAAUACUGCUCUCCGUGACACGCAUAUCCGACUCUCUAAAGGUGUGGAUGGGUAAUGGCCUCUGAGAACACACCCUGUUUCUUUCAUAUCGCAUCUACUGAGCUAUACAUAUGAUGAAAACAUUCUUCAGGAGAAGUGCGCAUUUGACAGACAGUUUACCAGGGGCCUCCAGCAGCACACUUCUUUGGUUACCUUUAGCUUACUUUCUUUUUUUGCAGCCGCCAGCUAGUCCGUUACAAAAUAGCUAUGGACUGUAUCAUUUUACAUGCAAUCUAUGUCCUAGGAAUUCAUGCAAUACCUUAAAACUAUAUGUUGUGCUGACUCUGGUAACACACAUUAGUCUCUCUUCAGCUAUUGUAUCAUAGCUGUUGAAAUACCCUGAAGAACAUAUUUGACUAACAUUGCAUCCAUUGAAAACACAGCAUUUCCCCACAGGAUCAUUUUUAUAUAUUCCUUAACGUAUUGUACAUUUUAAUUGCUAUGCCUUUCUGUUCAUUUGAUUUAUCUUCGUUUUUUCUCCAUAUCACUCGUGUUUCUUGUCUAGCUCUCACUGCUUGUGUUGAAAUUAACUUUUCUUUGAGCAUAUAAUGCAUGUGCCCUCUGAUGUAAUAACCUUGUCACCAUUGAUUGUAUAUUGAAACGAAUAAAUGAGAGAGUUAUCCUUCAUACACUCAG